GCGCGCGCGACGGGCGUGGGCCUCCCGGCCGGCAGGGGGCGCUGCGGCCGUUCCCAAGCGCCGCCGGAUUGCGCAGUCAUGCUCACCGCCACCGCAGAGGUGCCGACUACUGCGGACGCCCCCGGAUCUGCGGAGCCGCCGUGGGCCUGGAGAGACGCCCCGAUCGCCACCUUGGUACGGAGGAUCCAGCAGCUGCAGAAUGAACGCGCGCAGGCCUUCCGCCGCCUGGACCAAGCUCACCGCCAGUACCUGCGCAGUGGCCAGCACCACGACUUCCCGCGUUAUCGGAGCGUCGUGCACGAGGUGACCCAGGUCUUCGCCGCCGCCUCGCGGGAGGUGCUGGCGGUGGAAGCGGAACUGGCGGGGCCUCGCGCGCAGCUGAUGCUCGCUCGCCACGUGCGCAGCCUGCAGGAGCUGGAACAGACGCGCCUGGCCACAGUGGCGCUGCUGCAGGUGAUGGGGACACCAGGAGUGUCAGGACAGGAGGACCCUGAAAAGUUGCGCCAGCUGAAAAUAAAGGUAAUUAAAACCAUGGAGGCGAUCAGCGAGGUUCUGCAGGAACUCAGGUUUGAUGCCGAAUCUGCAGAGUGAGGGCGGCUCCCAAGGGACCAGAGGAAGAUGGGAAAAGAGGCCCAUGGCGUCCAGCCCAGCCCUGACCGCCAGCUGGCUGGGGUCGUGCCCCGCCGGGCUGCCCUCCAGCGCGCCUCACAAAAUAAAGAAUUCUCCCUCUGCA